AUGUCCUCAAUGUCGACCUCGACAAUGUCGUUGCGCAAGACCCCAACAAUCCAGCUGAUCACUACCAAUAUGACCAAGAGCACUGGGAAUCUGCACAAGCGACUGAAUCCAUCAGCAGCCGCCAGCUCCUCGGGGUAUCGGACUCCCAACGCCAAGCGCAGCCUCAUGAGCUCUCUGAAUUCGAUACGCCCAUCGCCGUCUACCGCACAGCGGCUGGCCCACAGCCAGCUGAAGGCGUCCAAGUCGCCACUAAAGCGGGUCCGCGUUCUGGACAACACAUUGCGUCGCAGCGGGGGAUUGGGCAGACGCAGCAUUGGCACACGCUCGAACAAGAAGCCACGCACAAAAUCAGCGGUGCCGGAUACAAGAUCGCCCAGCGAUUCCGAGUAUAUGACCGAUGAGACCACUGAAAAUGACCGCGAAGCCGGGAUCUCCUAUGAAGAAUUGGUGCCCACGAGUCGCUCCUCAGUGCUGCCCGUCGGCGGGGCUCAGCAUCAGCGCAAUCGCGUGGCUGUGCCACGAAUUCGCCAUGUCCUCGUAAACCACAAUUUGGUGGCGUCGGCCACCAACACACCGUCAAAGCAGGCGGGCAAUCAGGAGGAGAGGCCUCGAUUUGGCAAUCAAUUAAAGCUCCCAUCGCCACGUGAAAGUCGCAUGUGGCCGAAUCCACGAUGAGAUUAUUGAAAUUUUUUUUUGCGUUUUAUGGUUGAUUUCAUUUUUUGUACCUCUAUCUGUUUAUCUC